UAGAUCAAAACCUCGGUCCCACACGGUGCUGGUCUACUCCCCCCCCACACUUUGGACUGGCGGGAGUAAUCCUCACCUUGGUGGUCUCCACUGCUACCAACAACCCAGAGCUGCUGAUACCAACUGGAGUGGCAGAGAAGCCUUACAUAAAAUGUUGGAUGCUGCAUGCCGGAUGCUGCUAAUUGUGAGUCGGGAGCGGAUUGACCACCCAUCCCAGGACCUACCGGCAGGGUUCCAACACGCGGUGCUGGUCCGGGUAGCUAGCCCAAAUAGGGAUGCAGCAUCGGAGACACCACA